CGCCCACCCAGUUGACACGCGUGUUGCCUGUUUGCAAGCAUGGCUUCUUCUGCUAAGAGGAGAGCGGUAGGUUUGGGUGAAAAUCCCGAGCAAAGCGACAACAGCUCCGAUGAGAAUCCGGAGGAGGAUGAUGAUUCCGGGGAGGAGGACAGUGAGGGCUCCGAGGAGGAGAUCAAUGAGGAGGUCAUGGUUGACUUUGAAGCUCACAGUGUCUCAGCCAAUGACUUCAACGGCAUCAAGAAACUCUUACAACAGCUCUUCCUGAAGGCUCACGUAAAUACAUCAGAGAUGACAGACCUCAUCAUUCAGCAGAAUCAUGUUGGAAGUGUCAUCAAGCAAGCUGAGAUGCCGGAAGACAGCGACGACGACGACCCAGAUGAAGUGUUUGGCUUCAUCACUAUGCUCAACCUCACGGAAAGAAAGGGUGUGCAGUGUGUGGAGGAGGUGAAGGAGCUAAUCGUGGACCAGUGUGAAAAGAACUCUACCCACAGUGUGACGGAGCAGCUCGAGCAGAUCCUUAACGACACCAGCAAACCUGUGGGGCUGCUGCUGAGCGAGCGCUUCAUCAAUGUGCCUCCACAGAUCGCCCUCCCGCUGCACAAACAGCUCCAGGAAGAAAUAGUCGAAGCUCAGAGGACGAAUAAGCCCAGUGGGAGGUGUCACUAUUGUUUGAUGAUCAGCAAGACGUGCAAGGAGGCAAGCAAGAGUAUUCCAGCCAGAGGAGGAGCUCCCAAAGACGAAUAUAUGUUUGUCAAUGCAGAGGAGGAAUUCUUCUAUGAGCAAGCCAUCAUGAAAUUCCACUACUCGGUCCAGGAAGAAGCAGACUCCUGUUUGAGUGGCAGGUGGUCGUUUGAUGAUGUGCCCAUGAAACCUUUCAGGACAGUGAUGCUGAUACCGGCAGACAGAAUGCCCGCUAUUAUGGACAAACUCAAAGAAUACCUAACUGUGUGAAUGUCACAAUAAACUGAGACACCUAUGCACACCGAAGAUCUUCAGGCUAUUUGUAAGAGACUGUAGAGGAAAAUGUUUUUGGUACUGUCAUUUACAGUGGUGCCAGUAUCGUACAACUGACAUUUAGUACAUGUUGCACAGUGACCUUUUUUUUAAAGCAAUUUUAGAGAUGUUUCUUUUUUUUAUUACAAAUUAAUGGUUCACUGCAGAAAUAUACAACGGUUCUAUUGUAACAGGAAAAGAAAAACAGCACUGUCAUGUUUUUUUAAGACUUGUUUAUAACAAGAUUAUGAACCAAGACAAUUAAAUAUGAGUCUUGUGUGUUAAUGAAAAUAUGUGUGAGCUUGGAGUUCAGUUCCAGCAGAUGGAUGAGGGAGGGAUGUGUCAUUUGCCACUCAGUCUAAUUACUGCAUGGUAAAGCUGUAGCAGAUCCAGAUUUGUCUUUCAUGUAACUUGGUGGAAACCUGAUUUUUUUACAAACUUGAUCUAGACUGCUGACAUGAAAUGGAGCAUACAGUGUUUAAUUUGUGAAAACAGGUAAAAAAUGUUGGAGUUUAUGCCACCAUUCAAGUGAGGAAUUUCUUGUUAAGCAUUUCUGUUGAUCUCCUGCCACUGGUUAAUAAUAAAAGAGUUAUAUACCUGCA